AUGUCGUCGCCUCUAGGCCUCAUCAUCUACGCGGCUGUCAAGCCCAUCUUCAAGAUCUAUUUCAUCAUUGCAUUGGGGUACUUCCUCGCCAAGCGCAACACGCUUUCAGUCACCACCUGUCGUGACAUCUCGGACUUGGUGGUUACCGCCAUCAUGCCGUGCUUGAUCUUCGAACAGAUCAUCACCAACCUCAAGAGCAGCGACAUCAAGAACUUGGGGAUCAUUUUCUUCACCGGAACCCUUCUCUUCUCGGUGGGAAUCACCCUCGCAUACACCACCCACCUCGUCACCAGGAGCCCCAAGAUCUGGCUCGGAGGUAUCUUGUCGGUGGGGCUUUUCCCCAACAUCUCAGACUUGCCCAUCGCCUACUUGCAGACAUUGUCCAAGGGCGACGUGGUGUUCUCAGCAGAAGAAGGCAACAAGGGAGUGGCCUACGUGUGCAUCUUCCUCGCGGCCCAGGUGCUCAUCCAGUUCUGUUUCGGUGGGUACCGGUUGGUGCAGUGGGACUUCCGCGAAGAGCUCAAGCCUAAACCCACAGAUUUGGAGUUGACGUCCACCGAAGACGAAAAGACAAGCAAACAGACGCACGAGAACAAGCAGUCAUCCGAGAGCACCACCGAAAACAACAACGAUGACACCUCGAUUGCCAGUACCAUCGAAGACAGCGUUGAAGCUGGUGUCAACCGCUCGUUGGAGGACCUCCAGCACAAUGAGUUCUUACGGGUGCACCAGUUAAACCGCUCCAGCUCCAACUCCAGGUCGCUCAGGUCGGGAGACGACGAGCUCAGACACAGGCGAGGGUCCAUGGGGCUGAUCAGCACCAACUUCUAUUCGAUUCACACCCAGCUCAGAACUACAGAGCUCAGAAAGCAAAAAACACAAGAUAUCCACGACGUCAUCAACGAGUAUUCGGAGUUCGACAACCUCAAGAACCGCGAGCUCCGCCAAAUCCCCAGCGGCACCGUGGAAUCCACCGCUGCUCCAGUAUUGCCGGUGGAGGUGCCCUCCACCCAUGAAAAUACCCUCAAGUACAAGAUUAAAAAGCAGUUGCGAGAGACCGGCAAGAACAUGUUGCAACCCAACUCGGUGUCGUUGAUUGUUUCGCUCGCAAUCGCCAUGUCUCCACCAUUGAAGGCCCUCUUCGUGCCCACACACAACUUCCAUCUUUCUCCUGCCCCAGACAACCAGCCUCCGUUGUCGUUCUUGAUGGAUCUUGCCAGCUACGUGGGUGCUGCCUCGGUACCUUUGGGACUCAUUUUAUUGGGAGCCACCAUUUCCAGGUUGCAGGUGAAGAGCAUGCCUCCGGGCUUCUGGAAGACCGCCGUCAUGAUCACCUGCUGUCGGUUAAUUCUUCUUCCCAUGAUCGGGGUGGGCAUCACCACUGGCCUCCACAAGGCUGGAUGGUAUGGCUCUGACCCCAUUUUACGAUUUGUCAGUGUGUUGGAGUUCGGGUUACCCAGCGCCACCUCGUUGGUGUACUUCACUGCAUUCUACACCGAUCCUCAUACGGACGAUCAUCCUCAAAUGGACUGUUUGGCGGUUUGUUUAAUUGCCCAGUACUUGAUUUUAUACAUCACGUUACCGUUCUUGGUGACCUUUACCUUCAAGGUGUCAUUAGGCUAUUAG